AUGCCCAGCAUCACCCCCACAGUGGUAUUUCCUUGUUUUCCAGAGCGAAAGGCUGUCUGGGAUGCAGUGGCCAGCAACAUCCAACAACAGCUGUUGCUGCACAAGGGGAUCCGAAUUCCCACCCUUGGGUCUUUUGAUGUGGUCCACACAGAAACCCUGGUGGAGAACAAGACUGUGAUCCUGCAGAGGCCAGUGUUCCACCUGGCCAGGAAUCUCGGAGGAGUCCAAAACCUGGAAAAUAGGGAUGAUCUGGCUGGGGGUAAGCAGCUGGAGCCUCUGAAAUAUGCCAAGGUGGCCACACAAGCCUCUGUGUCCCGGAAGAAAGUGGAGUGCUGCAUCCUUGGCACCAUGUCCCUGCUGCACCACUGCCUGGAGAAGGGCAUGAGUGUCGCCUUUGUCCUGAGGGAUGUGGGUGUGCUCCUCAUUGAAGGCAGCAUGGUGCUAAUGAGAUUCUACCUGGACUUCUUGGAGAAAGUGACUGGGGAGAGGAUCCAGGACAGGGCUACACUAAAGGCUCUCCAGCAGCUGGACAUUGUGGUUUCCCGGGUGGUGCCCGUUGCUUCCCUGAGCUUCAGUGGCCAUGUCAUCAUCUUUCCCAACUUUGAACAGACAUUUCAGCCGACAUCACUGCCCAGGGAUCAUCUCAAGGACUUUGGAUUUGUUCCUGGAGAGGACAAGAGGAACAAAAUAAGUUUGCCACCCAUAAGACAAGGCAUGGAAGGGAGACUUCCUGGCCUGCCCAUGCCUGCUUACCAGGGUUCCACUGCCAAGGCAGGAGAGCAGCCCCAGGAUGAGGAGGUGAUGGAGAUAAGGCACAGCCCUCGGGUCAGGAAGCUGCCAGUGAUCUCAGGGGCUGCUGCCAGAAGAAAGCAGCCUGUGGCUGACCAAGACACGGGCAAGCCUGAUGCCAUGGCUUCACAGUUGCCCAUGCUGAAGAAGAGAGAAAUGGUUGCCAGAGGCCCGUGGCCCUGGGUGGAGUGA